AAAUUAGAAUUUAAGAGACCAGUGAUAUUAAAGAGUAAGAUCAUAAGGCAGCUGACAUUUUAUGCGUUAAGAGUGUUUGAAUAUCCAGAGGUGAAUAACAGAAAUUCACAGAACCCCACAAAGCAGAGAGCAAGCAAAGAAGAGCGCUGUAAUUCAUUCGCCACAAAAUAAACAAAACAUCUUCUUGUUAGGAGAGCGCCGCAAUUAAACCCCCUUCUACAAUUGAAAUUCAAGAGAGAGAGAGAUAGAGAGUGAGAGGGCAAUUCGGGAGCCAUCAUGUUUGGUUCACGUAAUCUCCGUAGCAGUGGCUCUUUGCCGAACGACAAAAACAAUAGCAACAAAGUAGCCCAUCAAAAUGAAAACAAAACUGCCGGUCGUUAUGGUAUUGGUGGUGACAAUAAAACAGCUCUAGCAACAACAACAGCAAAGAAUACUACAAACAACAGUGGUGGAAUUCGUAUGGCAAAUGCAAAUACAACACAACCAUUUACUGGUGGCGGAGUAAAUGCGGUCGCUGCAGGUUUCAUGGAAGCAGCAGCAGGGCAUAAUCACCACCAACAACCAGCGACUAUUAAUCGUGGUUGUGGUGGAGCUACAACGACACCAGCAACAACAACCACAACCGCUGUUAAUAAGCAACCAACGACGAAAACGGCAAAAGCAGUAAAUUCUCCGUUUGUUGGACAAACGCAUUCAGUUGAAGGUGGAUCGCGUGCGCAGACGGUUGAGAAUAAUAAUAGUAGUUCGGUGAUACAAAGAGUUCAUAAACAACAACAACAAACGACGACAACGUCCGAAUUUGCAACUACAAAAAAUCAAGUGAAAGAGCAAUUUUGCCAAAUUAAUUUAAAACGGAAUACGCAACAAAACGGUGUUGCGACUGUCGGUGCCGCUGCAACAAAGAAUCCAACGUCGAAUCUUUUGCAUAAAAACUGUGCAACCUCUGCUAUAAAUUCAAUAGCAACACCAACUGUUGCUGGUCAACAAUUACAACAACAAAAUCAAAGAAAUUUCUAUAAUACACCAACACCACCACCUCCUCCGCCAGGAGCGAUUUUUUCGAAAAGUGAUUUUGUGCCACAAAGUGAUUUAAAAAAUAUAAAUAAUAAUCAAAAAACAGCAAAUACAGCAAGUGCAGCAACAACUACAGCAGUGAAAACAACAACACUAAACUUACCUGUGACAUCAUACGCAGCCACUCAACAACAGCAACAACCACAACAUCCUGUUGAACAAACUUAUUACACAAACAACAGCACCAGCAACAACAACACCAAUACCGAAACCUACACUUACACUUAUAAUCCACAGGACUACGACGAAAACUUCGACGAAGAUAUGGAAGCUGAACGUGAUUUGGCUGAGGAUGCCCAAUGGAAGAAAAUCCAACAGAACACAUUCACCCGUUGGGCCAAUGAACAUCUAAAGACCAUUGAUCGCUCCAUAGCCAAUUUGGAAAGUGAUCUUUCCGAUGGUUUGCGUCUGAUUGCCCUAAUCGAAGUGCUGUCACAAAAACGCAUGCCCAAAUACAAUAAAAGACCAACAUUCCGUUCACAAAAAUUGGAAAAUGUUUCAGUGGCAUUGAAAUUUCUAGAAGAUGAGGGUAUUAAAAUUGUUAAUAUUGAUUCUUCAGAUAUUGUCGAUUGUAAAUUGAAAUUGAUUUUGGGUCUAAUAUGGACUUUGAUUCUACAUUAUUCCAUUUCAAUGCCAAUGUGGGAGGGUGAGGAUGAACAACAGUUGAAUGGUUCGGGACCAACACCCAAACAAAGAUUGCUCAAUUGGAUCCAUGGCAGAAUUCCCGAUUUGCCCAUUAAGAACUUUACCAAUGACUGGACCACCGGUAAGGCUGUGGGUGCUUUGGUUGAUGCUUGCGCUCCUGGUCUCUGUCCCGAUUGGGAAAUGUGGGAUCCCAAGGAUGCCGUACAAAAUGCUUCCGAAGCUAUGGGUCUUGCUGACGAUUGGUUGAAUGUGCGCCAACUGAUCAAGCCAGAGGAAUUGGUUAAUCCCAAUGUUGAUGAACAAUCAAUGAUGACCUAUUUGUCACAAUAUCCCAAUGCCAAAUUGAAGCAGGGUGCCCCAUUGAGACCCAAAACAAAUCCCAACAGCAUUCCUCCGCCGCGAGUACGUGCCUAUGGACCUGGUAUUGAACCCAUUGGACCUGUUGUUGGGGCUCCAGCCAAUUUCACCGUUGAGACUUUCUCCGCCGGAAAAGGCUCUGUCGACGUUGAAGUGAUCUCUCCUGAUGGACUUGUGGAACCUGCCGAUGUGCGCUUCAACAACGAUAAGAACCUCACCUAUUCCAUCUCGUACGUACCGAAGAUGGAAGGUGAACACAAGGUGAUGGUGAAAUUCUCUGGACGUGAUAUCCCCAAAAGUCCCUUCCCCGUUAAGGUGGAAGGUCAUGCUGGUGAUGCUUCAAAGGUUAAGGUGACCGGCCCUGGUGUACAACCUUCUGGUGUGGUCAUUAGCAAACCCACAUUCUUUGACAUUUUAACCCAUGAUGCUGGCCGUGGCGUGCCCGAGGUUAUUAUUAUCGAUCCAGCCAAUCACAAGACUUCGGUGGCUGCUAAAGUAAGACAGCUGGAAAACGAUGUCUGGAGAUGUGAAUAUGUUUCGGCCAUGCAAGGUUUACAUUCGGUUAAUGUCUUCUAUGCUGGCACUCCUAUACCCAACAGCCCCUUCCCUGUAAAAAUCGCCCCCUUGUCUGAUGCCAAACGUGUAAGGGCUUCCGGCAGAGGUCUUCAGGCCGCCGGUGUGCGUGUGGGAGAUGAUGCUGAUUUCAAGAUCUACACCGAAGGUGCGGGUGAAGGUGUGCCCGAGGUCCGCAUUGUCGGUCCCGGUGGCAUGAACGAGAAUGUGGCCAUGACCAAAUUGGAUGCCCAUACCUAUGAGUGCCAUUAUUUCCCCAACAAAGAGGGUAGAUAUGUGGCUGUGGUUACAUUUGCCGGCCAAGAGAUCAAUAAAUCACCCUUCGAGGUUAAGGUCGGCCCCAAGAAGGAAUCCAACAUUGUAGCCUUUGGCCCCGGUUUGGUUGGUGGCGUUGUAGGCUAUCCUGCCGCAUUUGUGGUGGAGACCAAUGGAGAAACUGGUGCCUUAGGCUUUACAGUAGCUGGUCCUUCCCAGGCUGAGAUUGAAUGUCAUGAUAACGGUGACGGUUCCGCUUUGGUCAAAUAUCAUCCCACGGCUCCAGGUGAAUAUGCAGUGCAUAUCCUGUGCGACAAUGAGGAUAUACCCAAAUCACCAUUCAUUACACAAAUCUUGCCCAAAACCGAUUAUCAUCCCGAAAAUGUCAAGGCCUAUGGUCCUGGUUUAGAAAAGAAUGGGGUGGCUAUUAAUGAGCCCACCAGUUUUACUGUGGAUGCCACCAAAGGAGGCCCAGCCCCCUUGGAUGUCAUUGUUGAAGACAUCUAUGGCAAACGCUUGCCGGUGAAUGUGAAAAAUCAACCAGAUGGUACAAAAUUGUGUACCUAUACCCCAUUAUCGGGUACCCCACAUACGGUGGAGGUUAAUUUCGGUGGUGUAGCUGCUGCCGAUUCUCCUCACCGUGUCUAUGUCGGCCUUCCCGUUGAUGCUGCCAAGGUUCAGGCCUUUGGUCCCUGGUUCCAACCUGGUGUGCAUCCCAAUUCGGUCACUCACUUCAAUGUGGAUUGCCGGGAUGCUGGCGAAGCUGAACUGAAAGUGAAGAUUGUUCAUGAAGAAACCAAAGUGGAGAUUCCCUGUCGUAUUAUUGACAAUGAGGAUCAAACAUAUUCUGUGGAGGUUGCACCUCCCACCAAGGGUGCCUAUACUACUACCAUGACCUAUGGUGGUCAACCUGUGCCUCUGGGCCAAAAGGUUUUGGUGGAGCAACAAAUCGAUGUGUCCAGAAUCAAAGUUGAUGGCUUAGAACCAACUGCACCAUUAAAUAGUCUCCAGCAGUUUCGCAUUAUUACCCAUGGUCUGCCAAAGGCUGAUUUGGCAGUGACCAUUACCAGCCCCUCGGGCAGCCGUGUCAAGGCCCAUGUCAUACCCACAGCCGAAGGAUUUCUGGUGAACUUCACACCCACACAAUUGGGCGAAUAUUUAUUGAGUAUAUGUUUCGGUGGCACACCCAUCACGCCAAGACCAUUCCGUUUGCAGUGCUUAAGCGGCAGCGAUUCCAACAAAGUGCGAGCCUUUGGUCCAGGACUGGAGAAGGGCUUGGUGGGACAACCAGCUGAAUUUAUGAUUGAUACACGCGGCGCCGGUCAGGGUGGUCUGGGUGUGACCGUAGAAGGGCCCUGCGAGGCAGCCAUUAAUUGCCGCGACAAUGGUGAUGGGACCUGCAAUGUUGCCUAUUUGCCCACCGAGGCCGGAGACUAUACUGUAAAUAUAACAUUUAAUGAACGCCAUAUUAAUGGAUCACCAUUCCAACCGAUUAUUUUCCCCUUGCCGAAUCUCAGCAAUACACGUGUUAGUGGUAUCGGCAUACAGCCACAUGGUGUCAUCAUGAAUGAAAAGACCGACUUUAUGGUGGAUAUGAGUAAAGUUGGUGCAAACAUUGAAUCCAAGAAACUCUCCUGCUCCGUUUUCGAUCCCAAAGGACAAAUGCUGCCCAGCGAAAUCUUGCCCGGUCCCACAAAUGAUGUUUUCCGCAUUAUGUACACACCCUUUGAGGCAGGUCGCCAUACCAUUGAGCUGUUAUAUGAUAACAUUCCCGUACCUGGCUCUCCAUUUGUGGUCAAUGUUAAGAGCGGCUGUGACCCCACACGCUGCAAGGCCUAUGGACCCGGUUUGAAACGGGGCUUUGUCAAUGAGAAGAAUAAAUUUGUGAUUGAAACCAAAGGUGCUGGCAAGGGUGGCCUUUCACUGGCCAUCGAAGGCCCUUCUGAGGCCAAAUUGACUUGUAUUGAUAAUCGUGAUGGUAGCUGUGAUGUUGAUUAUUUGGCCACUGAAGUUGGUGAAUAUGAUAUUUCCAUACGUUUUGCCGAUAAACAUAUUCCCGGCUCUCCUUUCACGGUGUAUGUGGAAGAGCGCUCUGAUCCCUCAAAGGUGAAGGUCUAUGGUCCUGGCAUUGAACAUGGAGAGGUGCGUGAGGCUGUGCCUACACACUUCUUUAUCGAUGUGCAAGAUGCCGGUCCCGGACGCAUAGCAGUGAAAAUACAAAAUUCUGAGGGAAAACCCAUAGAGGAUUUGCGUGUAGAAGAGAAGGGAGACGGCAUCUAUUGCGUGCAUUACUCACCGCCCAAGGAGGGUUCCGUAUUGACCUGCACCAUUACGUUUGCUGAUACCGAAGUGCCUUGCAGUCCCUUCGUUAUGACUGUAUUCCCCAAGUCCGAACCCAAAAAAGUCAAAAUCAAGGGUGUCAAUGAGAAGAGGAAAACUCCUGCCUCCCGACCUGCUGAAUUUGAAGUGGACACUAAAAAGGCUGGCCAAGCCGACAUCAAUGUCGACAUUAAAAAUCCCAAAGGCAAACAUAUCAAACCCCGCCUCCAAGAAAUCAAUGAUGGCACCUAUGUGGUCUCCUUCGUGCCAGAUGAGUGUGGCACCUAUCAUGUCAGCAUUAAAUAUGGCGGCCAAGAAAUCGAAGGAUCACCCUUCAAAUUGGAGGCUUUCCAAACGGGUGAGGCCAAAAAAUGUAAAUUGGUGGAAGAGGCUCCCAAAACACAGCCCUCAGGCAGCAAGAGCCAUUUAACCGUGGAUGCCAGAGAUGCAGGUGAUGGUGCGGUGACCUGUAAGAUAGCUUCAAAGACAGGAAAGGAAAUUGUGGACAUUGAUGUCAUUGAAAAGGAUGGCUUCUUCGAUAUCUUCUAUGCCUUGAAUGACCCCGGCGAUUAUGAUAUCAAUGUGAAAUUCGGUGGCAAAGAUAUUCCCAAUGGUAGCUUCUCAAUUAAGGCUGUCGAGCAGUAUAGCGAGUACAUCGAAGAGCAUACACAGGUUAUAAAGACCACAACGCAGGUAAGGCGUCAGAAUAAAUUUCAGUUUCAAGGGUUCUUUAAGACAACCCAACAGCAACAACAGCAAUUAGUCAACGGCGGAAGCGAUAGCAACUACAGAACAGUAGCAUUUGAGAAAUUCCCUGUACCCACUACCGGAGGCAUCGUCGUAGCUGAAGUCAAAAUGCCCAGCGGAAAGGUCGAUAAGCCCAUUAUUCAAGACAACCGUGAUGGUACCGUAUCCGUGAAAUACGAUCCUAAGGAAGAAGGCUCUCACGAAUUGAUUGUCAAAUACAAUGGUGAACCUGUUCAAGGAUCUCCUUUCAAAUUCCAUGUUGACUCCAUCACUUCCGGUUAUGUCACCGCCUAUGGUCCCGGUUUGACCCAUGGCGUUACCGGCGAACCCUGCAACUUUACCAUCUCCACCAAAGGAGCCAGUGCUGCUGGUUUAACCAUGGCCGUUGAAGGACCCAGCAAAGUUGAUAUCAACUAUCAUGACAACAAAGAUGGCACCGUUUCCGUUCAAUAUUUACCCACUGCCCCCGGUGAAUACCAUGUUGCGGUACGUUUUGGUGACAAGCACAUCAAGGGUUCACCCUAUGUGGCCAAGAUUACCGGCGAAGGUCGCAAGCGUAAUCAAAUUUCUGUUGGUUCCUGUUCUGAGGUCACUAUGCCUGGUGAAAUCACCGAUGAUGAUUUGCGUGCUUUGAAUGCUUCCAUUCAGGCUCCCAGUGGUUUGGAGGAGCCUUGCUUCUUGAAACGCAUGCCCACGGGCAACAUUGGCAUCUCCUUUACACCCCGUGAAACAGGUGAACAUUUGGUGUCUGUCAAACGCAUGGGCAAGCAUAUACCCAAUUCACCAUUCAAGGUUACCGUCAUGGAGCGCGAGGUGGGUGAUGCCAAGAAGGUCAAGGUAUCCGGUAGUGGCUUGAAGGAGGGCAAAACUCACACCGAGAAUAUCUUCUCUGUGGAUACCCGCAACGCUGGCUAUGGUGGUUUGUCCGUCUCCAUUGAAGGCCCCAGCAAGGCUGAAAUCCAAUGUACCGAUAAGGACGAUGGUACCCUGAACAUUUCCUACAAACCCACAGAGCCUGGUUAUUAUAUUGUGAACUUGAAAUUCGCCGAUCACCAUGUGGAAGGUUCUCCCUUCACUGUCAAGGUAGCCGGUGAGGGCAGCAAUCGCAAACGUGAGAAGAUCCAACGUGAACGUGAUGCUGUGCCCGUUACAGAAAUUGGCAGCAAAUGCAAAUUGACCUUCAAAAUGCCUGGCAUUACUUCCUUUGACUUGGCCGCUCGCGUCACCUCACCCAGCAAUGUCACCGAAGAUGCCGAAAUCCAAGAAGUUGAAGACGGCCUUUACUCUGUGCACUUUGUACCCAAGGAAUUGGGUGUUCACACCGUGUCGGUGCGCUACAAGGAUAUGCACAUCCCCGGCUCUCCCUUCCAAUUCACUGUGGGUCCUUUGCAUGACUUUGGCAGCCAUUUGGUUAAGGCUGGCGGCAAUGGUUUGGAACGUGGUCGCGUUGGUGUGGCCAAUGAGUUCAAUGUUUGGACCCGUGAGGCUGGUGGCGGUUCCUUGGCCAUCUCGGUGGAAGGUCCCAGCAAGGCUGAAAUCGAAUUCAAGGAUCGCAAGGACGGUUCCUGCGAUGUGGCCUACAAAGUCACCGAACCCGGUGAAUAUCGUGUGGGCUUGAAAUUCAACGAUCGCCAUAUUCCCGACUCACCAUUCAAGGUUUAUGUAUCCCCCGAUGCCGGAGAUGCCCAUAAAUUGGAGGUGCAACAAUUCCCAGAAGGCAGCAUUCAAGCUGAUGCCCCCUACCAGUUCUUGGUGCGCAAGAACGGAGCCAAGGGCGAGUUGGAUGCCAAGAUUGUGGCACCCUCGGGCACCGAUGAUGAUUGCUUCAUUCAGGCCAUCGAUAGUGACAUGACCUCCGUGCGUUUCUAUCCACGUGAGAAUGGCAUUCAUGCCAUCCAUGUGAAAUUCAAUGGUGUUCAUAUUCCCGGCUCUCCCUUCCGCAUCAAGGUCGGCAAGGAUGUGGCCGAUCCCGCCGCUGUCCAUGCCAGUGGUUCCGGUUUGGAGUUAGUAAAGACCGGCCACAAGGCUGAUUUCAUCAUUAAUACCUGCAAUGCUGGCGUUGGUACAUUGUCAGUGGCCAUUGAUGGUCCCUCGAAGGUGGCCAUGGAUUGUACAGAAGUAGAAGAAGGCUACAAGGUACGCUACACACCAUUGUUGCCCGGCGAUCACUAUGUAUCGGUGAAAUACAAUAAUAUCCACAUUAUCGGUUCACCCUUCAAGGUCAGCUGUGAAGGUGACAAAAUGGUAGAUGAAGGUGCUCAAGAAACCUCUACUGUGGUUGUGGAGACCGUUCACAAGGUAGCCAAGAGUGGUAAGAACACCGGUGUCGUUAUGCCUGCUUUCAAAUCAGAUGCCUCUCAGGUCACCUCCAAGGGUAUGGGCUUGAAGAAGGCUUUUAUGGGUAAAACCAAUACCUUCACCAUCUGUGCCACCGAAGCGGGCAACAAUAUCCUUUAUGUUGGUAUGUAUGGACCCAAGGGACCCUGCGAAGAAUUCAGCAUUAAACACACCGGUCGCAAUAACUACAAUGUCAGCUACAUGGUACGCGAUCGUGGCCAAUACAUUUUAAUAGUCAAGUGGGGAGAUGAACAUAUUCCCGGCUCACCUUUCCAAAUUGAUGUCUAAGUCGUUGUCGUCAUCGUCGUUACAACUCCUCCUGCUCCUCCUUCUAUCUAGCCACAUACAUACACACACAUACGUACUACUACAUACAACACACACACACACACACAUACACACAGAUCAAUUUGAUUUCAUAAAGUCCAGUCUAUUGUUACGAAAUCUUGGAAUUUUCUACGAUUUUCAAUUUCUUGUUCUUAUAAACUCAGCAAACAAAGUAGUUGCACUUCCAAUGCCUUUAAAAUAAGUUGUUUGCACCAACAAUGUUUACUAUUAUUAUUUUUUUUCUUGUAAAUUUCAAUGAAAGAUUUGAUCAAAUGCAUAUACUACAUACAUAAGUACAUAAUUUACACGCAUCUACUACGUAUUUUUCUUUCAUAAACUCGAAAAUUAAAAUUCUCGUCUCGUUUAGUUGAUGAAAGUUGUCGUUUUUUUUUUUCUUUGUUUAAUUUAGAAUUUAAAUUAUUUCCUAUUUGUGUCCUUUUCUUAUUAUUUUUUUAUACAAAUUGUUUUUGAGUCGAUUUAAAUUUAUAAUUAAAAAAGCAAUAUAUAAUUUUAUAUAAAAUAUACCUUUAAAAUGGAAAUC